GUUCCAGGAGCUACCUCCCUGUGAACGCGACCCCUAGAUCUCCCGCAGAAGUCUCUGGGCCCGGGGGGGGGCCUGGCGGGACAUGGCCUUGGCCACUGUGGCAGCAACAAGACUGGGCCUCGGCCGGGCCCCUCCGCUCCUCCUCCGGCGCGGCUACCAGACAGAGAGGGGUGUCUACGGCUACCCGCCGAGGAAGCCCGAGAGCCGGGAGCCCCAGGGCGGCCUGGCGCGCCCCCCAGUGGAUCAUGGCCUUGCCAGGUUGGUGACGGUGUAUUGUGAGCAUGGCCAUAAAGCUGCCAAAAUCAACCCCCUCUUCACUGGCCAAGCCCUGCAGGAGAACGUGCCUGAAAUCCAAGCCCUCGUGCAGACGCUGCAGGGACCCUUUAAUACCGCAGGAUUACUGAACAUGGGGAAGGAGGAGGCCUCUCUUGAGGAAGUGGUAGCCUAUCUCAACCAGAUCUACUGUGGGCAGAUUUCUAUUGAAACCUCCCAACUUCAGAGCCAGGAGGAGAAAGAAUGGUUUGCCAAGCGGUUUGAGGAACUGAAAAAGGAGACAUUUACCACAGAAGAGCGAAAACAUCUGUCAAAACUAAUGCUAGAAUCUCAGGAGCUUGACCACUUUUUGGCCACCAAGUUUGCCACGGUGAAGCGAUACGGAGGCGAAGGAGCUGAAAGCAUGAUGGGCUUUUUCUAUGAGCUGCUGAAAACGGCGGCCUACAGCGGGGUAACCGAUGUCAUUAUUGGGAUGCCACAUAGAGGGAGGCUGAACUUAUUGACAGGCCUUCUGCAGUUCCCUCCAGAGCUGAUGUUCCGUAAAAUGCGAGGCUUAAGUGAAUUUCCGGAAAAUGUCUCAGCCGCUGGCGAUGUCCUGUCUCACCUGACGUCCUCGGUUGACCUGGACUUUGGCGCGCACCAUCCCCUCCACGUGACAAUGCUGCCGAACCCCUCACACCUGGAAGCCGUUAACCCUGUGGCUGUUGGGAAGACUCGUGGGAGACAGCAGUCCAGGCGGGAUGGGGACUACUCUCCAGACGGUUCGGCUCAGCCUGGGGACAAGGUCAUUUGCUUACAGGUUCACGGUGAUGCUUCUUUCUGUGGUCAAGGAAUUGUUCCUGAAACAUUUACACUCUCUAAUAUCCCGCAUUUCAGAAUUGGUGGGAGUGUCCAUUUGAUUGUCAAUAACCAGCUGGGUUACACCACUCCUGCAGAAAGAGGAAGGUCUUCCUUAUACUGUAGUGACAUUGGGAAGCUUGUGGGCUGCGCCAUCAUCCACGUCAAUGGAGACAGCCCAGAGGAAGUGGUCCGGGCCACGCGACUGGCAUUUGAAUACCAGCGCCAAUUCCGGAAGGAUGUGAUUGUUGACUUGUUGUGCUACAGGCAGUGGGGCCACAACGAACUGGACGAGCCCUUCUUCACCAACCCGGUCAUGUACCAGAUCAUCAGAGCCCGGAAGAGCAUCCCCGACACGUAUGCAGAGUACCUUGUGGCCAAUGGACUCAUGACCCAGGAGGAGGUGUCGGAAAUCAAAACCUCCUACUACGCGAAGUUAAAUGGCCAUUUAACUAACAUGGCGCACUACAGCCCCCCUGCCACGAACCUGCAGGCCCACUGGCAGGGCCUGGUUCAGCCAGAAGCUUGCAUCACCACCUGGAACACAGGUGUGCCCCUUGACCUCCUGCGGUUUAUUGGCAGGAAGUCUGUGGAGGUGCCGGAGGAGCUCCAAAUACACAGUCACCUUCUGAAGAUGCACGUGCAGUCCAGAGUGGAGAAAGUGAUGGAUGGAACAAAGUUAGACUGGGCCACAGCAGAAGCUCUUGCCCUAGGCUCAUUACUUGCUGAAGGUUUUAACGUCCGUCUGAGUGGCCAAGAUGUUGGCCGUGGAACUUUUAGCCAGAGGCACGCAAUGGUUGUUUGCCAGAAGACCGAUGACACCUAUAUCCCCCUGAACCAUAUGGACCCUAAUCAAAAGGGCUUUCUAGAGGUCAGCAACAGCCCACUGUCGGAAGAGGCCGUCUUGGGAUUUGAGUAUGGGAUGAGCAUCGAAAGCCCUAACCUACUGCCCAUCUGGGAGGCUCAGUUUGGCGAUUUCUUCAACGGUGCCCAGAUCAUCUUUGACACGUUCAUCUCUGGAGGUGAGGCCAAGUGGCUCCUCCAGAGCGGCAUCGUGGUCCUCCUUCCUCACGGGUAUGAUGGGGCUGGACCAGAGCACUCAUCUUGUCGAAUAGAGCGUUUCUUGCAGAUGUGUGACAGCGUGGAGGAGGGCGUGGACGGGGAUACCGUGAACAUGUGCAUGGCUCACCCCUCCACGCCCGCCCAGUACUUUCACCUGCUACGGAGACAGAUGGUCCGGAACUUCAGGAAGCCCCUCAUCCUUGCUUCUCCGAAGAUGUUGCUCAGACUCCCUGCAGCUGUGUCAACUCUUCAAGAAAUGGCACCAGGAACAGCAUUCAAACCAGUCAUUGGUGAUUCAUCUGUGGAUCCGAAAAAGGUUAAGAGUUUAGUGUUCUGCUGCGGCAAACAUUUCUAUGCCCUGCUGAAGCAAAGAGAAUCUUUGGAGGCCAGGAAGCAUGACUUUGCUAUCAUCCGAAUGGAAGAACUCUGCCCUUUCCCACUGGAUUCGCUGCAGGAAGAGAUGAGCAAAUACAAACAUGUUAGAGAUUUUAUUUGGAGUCAGGAGGAGCCUCAGAACAUGGGUCCUUGGUUUUUUGUUUCUCCAAGGUUUGAAAAGCAACUGGCCUGCAAGCUCCGUCUGGUGAGCCGACCCGCGUUGCCGGUACCUGCUGUAGGAAUCGGCAGCGUUCAUCUAGAGCAGCACGAAGAAGUCCUCGCCAAGACCUUCACCCAAUGAUGUCCUAAAAAGAAACACUACUUACUUGUAAGAAAACUGCCAUAAAAAGAAAGGCUCGCCUCCUCCACUCUCUCCUCCUUCCAUUAGGUGCCACAAAAAGAAUGUAUUCCUCGAAGAUGUUGGGAUUGAUGAGGACAGAGGAGAGGUUAAUCUGGAAGAAUACAUGGAACAGCCAAAGGAAUUGUUCAUCAAGACGUGAAUCCUACAAGUCACUUUCGUCCUUAAAAGUACCAUAGUGUUAUAUUCUGUUAGACCUGCGUGGGUUGUAGAGCUAGGUCCUUAUCCGGAUGUUUCCAGACUCGACUCUUUCUAAUUAACUGGCUGUACCCAGGAAAAGUUCUUGAGUCUGAAUUUAUAGUUGCAUAGGGAUUACCUCAACAUUACCUCCCUAUUUUCUUGACGCAUGUGACUUUCAUGAAUUUUCCCUUUUUUAUUCAAAGUCCCUGACUACCUGUAUUUUCAAUUUAUGUCAUCUCUGGUACUGCUUUCCAGCCACUGUGAAAAAUGUUUCACCAAAUCAUUUUCACCUGUAAAUAGUUCUAAUUUAGGAAACUCUACAGCUAAAACCAACUAACAGUUACCUAAGAAUAGGGCAGAUUCCAGAAUAUGUCUCACCUUAUCAUGCCUGGAAUUUAGUUUUCAGUUGUGGCAUAGAUCUCCCUGCAAUCUAUUUUAUGUAACACAUUAUGUAACACUA